CCAACAACAUUACAAGUUUGCAAAAAGCACGCAUCGUGGGAAAAGUAGUAGUAACGUUUUUGGACACAAUUUAUUUCUUAAAUAUUUCUGGUUAAUUCCGUGCACUCCUGUGCACUUCAUUCGCUUACUUUGUCCCUUUGUUAAGUGAUGCGGCAAUGUGCGUUAAAUUUAAUGGCUGUUACACCGCAAAGCCAAUUAAUACUUAAGUUACACAUUCCAACAACAGCAACAACGUAGGUUUUACGUGUACGAAUACGACGUAUAAUAUGGGCACAAAUUAUGAGAAUUAUGCCAAAAUUCUACAGCUGACUAUGCUCACUUCUAUUGUGGCGGCAGCAAUAACACCAGCAACAACAACGGCGAAAGUUGUGGAUAACUGGGAGCUCCAGUCCGGGAGCUCACCAGCUCCACCGGCUUUGGCUUAUUGCGUUGAUCAGAAAGAACGCCGUAUUGGUCGUAGACUACUGUACGUUACAACAUUAGAUGGACGGCUGAGUGCCUUAGAUAUAUCCAAAUCAGGACAGCUUUACUGGAGUAUACCUACGGGACCAGGACCCCUAAUAUCAUCUAGCAUUCAUCGCUUGGAAUUGACCAAUAAUGGGCAAUUUGUACGCAUGAUACCCUCUUUGAGUGGUGGCAUAUAUAAAUUUGAUGGUGAUUCCAUAGAUCCAAUACCAAUAACCGCGGAACACUUACUCAGUUCCAGUGCCAAGUUUAGUGAUGAUCUGGUUAUUUCGGGGGGAAAAGAGACAAGAUCCUACGGCAUCUCAAUUCGAACUGGUCAAGUACUAUACGAAUGCUCUUUAAACGGCUGUGUAAAUUCUACAGAUGAUAUCCGAGCCAUCGAGGAAGCAACGGUUGCUGAAGAUGAGCUAGAUGAUGAUAAUGGACAUUCUUAUGAAAAUCGUAACAAAAAUAGUGGCUAUGUUGAGACCCAUAAUUCUCUGCUAGACGAUGUUAUCGUCGUGCGUCGUCAAACGCAGACUGUUCGAGCUGUGGAGUCCCGCACCGGAAUGGAACGUUGGAAUUUUAGUGUGGGUCAACAUGAAUUAGAUGUAAUAAAGGCGUCAGAAUGCCAUGAACAAACACGAAGUGAUCUGGAGCAGGCUGUGCUAGAUGUGGAUAUACGAGUGGUGGUGCCAGAGGGUAUAAUAUGUGCCUUCAGUAAAAGCGAUCCACAGAACAUUCUGUGGAAGUAUCAGUUCGAUCAUCCUAUUGUGAGUGCAUGGAAAACCAAUGGCCAAGAUGAACUUAAGCAAAUAGAUCUCUUUAGCUCAGCUCAGUGGCUCUAUGAGCAAAAUGGAGGGGCAUUUAAUGACGAACCCUAUAGUGCCUCGCCAUCUAUUUAUUUGGGCAUGUAUGAGAAGCAGCUGUAUAUACAGGAAUCUAUACGACUGCGUAAGGAAAUUUUAGAUAAAACUCACGUUUAUCAACAGCUAACUGGGGACACAAGUGUAAUGCCGAAAAUACCAUGGAAACCCAUAGCUGCCAGUAGUAACUCUUUGGUACUAUUCCAAGAUGUUCAAAAGGAUAAAGAGUUUAUAGCAGAAAAGAUUGAGGGUGCCGAACUAGUACUUUAUGACGAUCAAAAUGUUGCUGUGGCCGCUCAGUCUGUACUGAAUGCUUCCGAAUUUGUAAAUGGAAAUGGUUUUUAUUUCUACACUGAAGCUCAAUGGGAGCUUGAGUCACCUAGUGUUAGCGGAGAAUGUGGUACCAAUGAAACACCGCAAGCUGCUGGGCCCGCGAUUGAAGCAAGUCCUUCGACGUCAGCUACUGCCAAUGACUCUAUGGAGUCGACGACAAACCAUAGCAUAAAUGAGGAUUUGGGUUUCAGUCUGGAUGAUAUUGAUGCGCCUGUUAAGGUAGUCAUCUUGUCACUUUGGUUUUGGUGGAAAGAGAUUGUAGUUAUUGCUUUUACCUCGGCUGUGCUACUGAAUAUCUUUAUGGGACAACGUAAUCAACGUGUAGAGCGUGAAUAUUUGGUUAUUGAACGUCAUGUGCCAGUUCAAACGGCUAUAGAGGCAACAGAGGCAUCGACACAAGCUCUCUUAGGACCAGUUGUGUCGUCCUUGCAAGGGCAAAAACAUAUUCAGCAGCACAAUCAAAGACCUGGAAGUCUGCCUGGCAACGGUGGCGACAGGGGUUCCACACAAAGAUCGAUUUCCGAAUCUACUUCACAUUCAGGUGAACAUUUCACCUCUAGAUUUCAAACUGACUUUGAGCUAAUGCAAUGUCUUGGACGUGGCGGUUUCGGUGUCGUCUUUGAGGCCAAGAAUAAGUUGGAUGAAAACCGUUAUGCCAUUAAAAGAAUUACACUGCCUAACAAAGAGCAAUCGAGGCAGCGGGUAUUGCGAGAGGCACGCACAUUGGCCAGUUGUGAGCAUCACAAUAUCGUCCGAUACUUUCAUUCUUGGGUAGAAACACCACCAGUUGGCUGGCAGGAGGAAGAGGACCGAAAACUGCUGGCUCAUGAACUCUCCACUUCUAUUCAGAUUGAGACACCUGACGGUAGUACAAUGCCAUCUUUCGCUGACAAUCAAUUGCAAGCCUUAAAUAAGCAACGCCAUCAGCAGCUUUUAUCUUGGGUAUCCGAUGCGGCCACCAGCACGGCGUGCAGUUAUGAUUUAUCAGAUAAAUGUAGAUAUAAUCCAAUGCAAGAAAAUAACGAAGAAGAGGAAGACUCUCUUAUAGAAUUUCGCAGUGAAUCGCAAUCAGCUGCUUUAAGGGAAGCAGAAGAAGGGAACAUGGAAGACGAUUACGACGACGACAGUGACGAAGUUGACGAGCCACUUAAACGCAACUCUGUUUCUAUCGACAUACACUCCGCCUCAUUUGAUUUAAAAAAUAUUAAUUUUAGUCAACAUCAGUUAGUGUCAAAUUCAUUUCAAAUUGAAUCUGUCCGAUCAAAAGAUGGAGGCAAUAAUGAGGAUAACUUAAGUAGUAUUCUGCCACGUCAAUCCCGAAAACCACUUACUUUGGCUUUGGCACAGAAUCAUCACCAUGUUGUAGGUGGGGCUCCCCGUAGUGCCACAAUUCAGCCAAAUGGAACAUUAUUGGCGAUCACUAGUAAACCAAGUAAAGUUUAUCUCUAUAUCCAGAUGCAAUUAUGUCGAAAAGAAAGCUUACGGGAUUGGCUGCGAGAAAAUGACACAGACGCUCGCGCAGCCCAUAUUGCCCACAUCUUUCAUCAGAUAGUGGAUGCAGUAGAUUAUGUUCACCUUAAGGGACUGAUUCAUCGCGAUCUGAAGCCGAGUAACAUAUUCUUCUCUCAAGAUGGACAAAUAAAAAUUGGUGACUUUGGCCUAGUUACCGAUAUGGCGGACAUACCGAAUCUUGUGGCUAAAUGUGGCGAUCAAACGGGGCUACCAUCGUGUCCACGUCAUACCCAGCAGGUUGGCACUCAUCUAUAUAUGUCGCCCGAGCAGUUGUUGGGCCAACAUUAUGACUACAAAGUGGAUAUCUAUUCGCUUGGCUUAAUAUUUUUCGAGUUGCAUGUACAUUUCUCAACCGAAAUGGAAAGAAUUAAAACGCUACGUUCCUUACGCGAUGGCCUAUAUCCCAAGGACUUCACAUCAAAGUAUCCGAAACAAUAUGAGUUGCUUUUGCAGAUGCUAAGCUCUGAACCGGAAAGCCGUCCACAAACACAGCAAUUAAAACAACAACUGCAUGAGAUUUUGCAAUUACCAAACCACGUUGCGAACGGACGUAGCGAACAGGCUGCAUUGGUGGAAGCCAACAAACGGCUGAGCCGAAGUCGUACCUUUAGUAGUAGUGAUAACGAAAUACAACAAAUUCAGGACCAUUUCAUCAAGUAAGCAUUUUGAUUAUAAGUUAUUACCAAUAUAGAAACCAGUUCUACUCUAUUAUAAACAUAACUCAUCUCUGUCAUCAAUGGCUAUGUUUCACACUCUUUGCCAUCUAGUGAUGUGUAUCAAUAUCUAUAUAACUACAUAUUUCUUGCAUUAAAAGUUUUUGUAUUAUGUUCAGAAUAUGUUUCAAAACAACAACAUUGCGAAAACAAAAACAAAAAAUGAUUAAG